UGCGUGUGUGUUCGAGUGAUUACCGGCAGUGACAUCCGAAUGCUCAGACACUAUGCGCCACCGGUUCGUCUUAUCCAUGCUGCUGCUGCUGCCGGCCGUCCGGGCCGCGGUCGGUGCGAAAAACGGAGGUGAAAUACGACCAAAAAACGAUGACGACCUAUCAAUCAACAGCCUAGAGGAUGUAGACCUGAGUUGUGACGGAGGUAGAUGUGAACCAGACGGACAAGACGCCGUCCCAUCGACGAGUUGGACAACCACCAAAAAACCAAAUAUUUUUCAACUGAACAAUAAAUCAUGCCCUGGAUUCGAAUUACCUCCAGUUUUCCCUCGGCAACAUUGUGACUCAGAUAGAGACUGCUGGCCAAGGAUAUGUUGUGGAUACGGAGGACUGAACGGUCAAAAAUAUUGUCGAAUUCCUUUGCCAAGUUGGAGAAACGAUUUAAUGAAAACCAUCGCAAAAAGCCUCCGGUCCAGCAGGCCGCGGUACCUGCAGUGCAGCCCACCGCCGCCCAAGCGUUACGAUCUGUUCCCGCGGAAGUGCAGGACCACCGUGGACUGCCUGCCCGACCUUUGCUGUCCGGAAACCGGAAGAAACGUGUGCCGGCCACCCAAGGAAAUAAUACAACCCAUCAGGGUCCGACUGUCCAUCGGGUAGGCGGCCCCGAGUCUGUUUUUUACCGGCCCAACAGAGUUUGCCGACCGGGCAGAUUUAUCAUCGAUCCGAAACCAACCACAAUGUCAAUCAUACGGAGCAUUUUUAUAAUUUAUUUUGAAAAUAUUUUAAAUACAUAUAGCAAAAGACUUAUAACGGCAAAAUUAUUACACGACACGGGUCUACGGAUAAAUAUUUCUAAUAUUUCGGACAAUUAUUUUUUUUAUAAUGCGUUCGAAAAUGUUUUCGAAACGUUACAAAAUUGUUUCGAUUGUUAUAGUAUUAUUUUUCCCCACUGGAUAACAUAGCUGUUCUGUGUUAUGAUGUAAUCGUACCUAUCUAGUCAUUACUCAUUUGUAUAUCACUGUUAAUCGCAGAAUCCUUCCGAACACCCGAGAGAAGGGAUUACAAGUAAACGUGCAAAUGAAUACCUAUGUUUAAUUAUCUUUGUGUAUUAUUUUUGUUAUUAUUAUUUAUUAUUAUUAUUAUUAUUAUUAUUUCUAUUAUUAAAAUUAUUAUUGUUAUUAUUAA